GAUCCCACGCUAUCACAAGUCUCAUUUGUGAGCCACACAUAUUCACUGUAGUCAGCUUGAGUGUUACAGCGUUUGUACGUGCGUGAGGAGUUAAAUCGAUCAGAUGCUAACUUACUUUCUCUCAUUGAUUUUGGAUCAUUUAUGUAUGAGAGGUUGCAAUCUCUCAGAGAAAUUAAGCUAGCUGAGAGAGAGAGAGAGAGAGAGAGAGAGAGAAUGGUUCCUUCAAUUUCGACAGAGUCGUCGGAGUUGAAGCACACUCCGACUUGGGUGGUUGCCACCGUCUGCACCAUCAUCAUCGCCAUCUCGCUAUUGGUUGAGAGACUCCUUCAUUACCUUGGAAAGUUUCUGAAGAACAAGCAAAAUGACUCACUAUUUGAAGCUCUGCAGAAACUAAAAGAAGAGUUGAUGCUUCUUGGCUUUAUAUCUCUUCUGAUGACCGUCUUUCAAAAUACAACUAGUCACUUCUGCGUCUCUCCGAGUAUCACAUCUCACAUGCUUCCUUGUAAAAAGGAAGAAAGCUUAGAAAUGCAUAUAAUCAAGGAUCUUUCUCUUGAACUUGGCCAUAGUAGACGUAGGCUUUUAUCAGAGAGUGACAGUUCCAGUUUCUGCCUGAGACAGGGAAAAGUUCCAAUAUUAUCUGUUGAAGCAUUACAUCAGCUGCACAUUUUCAUAUUUGUACUUGCUGCCGUCCAUGUUGGAUUCUGUGCUUCUACUAUGGUUCUAGGAGGGGCUAAGAUUAGACAGUGGAAGCACUGGGAGGAAGCAAUUUUAAAGGAGAAAAUAGAACAAGAAAAAAGUAUACGUCUUCAUGUGCCCCUCGAAUUGUGUUAUAAACAUCUCACACAUGCACACACUCAUCAUGAAUUUCUUAUGGAGCGCAAGGGACUUUGGAGAGAGUCAAGACCUGUUAGAUGGAUGAUGUCAUUCUUCAAGCAGUUCUGUGCAUCUGUGACAAAAUCAGAUUACAGAGCGCUACGUUCUGGAUUUAUUAUGAAGCACUGCAGUUCAAAUAAAAAUUUUGAUUUUCACAAGUACAUGAUGCGAGCGCUUGAAGAUGAUUUUAAGGUAGUUGUAGGGAUAAGCUGGUACCUAUGGCUCUUUGUUAUCAUAUUUCUAUUGCUGAAGGUGUAUGGGUGGCACACACAUUUCUGGCUAUCUUUCUUGCCUCUGAUUCUUCUAUUAGUCGUUGGCACGAAAUUGGAGUAUAUUAUCACCAGAUUGGCUCUAGAUGCUGCAGAGGGUUUUGGAGAGGAUCACCAGGAAAUUCCACGAGUGAAGCCAUCUGAUCACCAUUUUUGGUUUAAGCACCCGGGCUUUGUUCUCUACUUAAUCCAUUUCAUCUUAUUUCAGAAUUCCUUCGAGAUUGCAUUUUUCUUCUGGAUAUGGAGCACCUAUGGCUUCAAAUCCUGCAUCAUGGAUAAAGUAGGAUUUGUCAUACCGAGACUUGUUAUCGGUGUGAUUGUUCAGGUUCUCUGCAGUUACAGCACUCUUCCUCUUUAUGCUAUUGUCACCCAGAUGGGGGACACGUUUAAACAAGCAAUAUUUGCCGAUCAGCUGAGAUCAACAUUGCACAACUGGGCUGAGAAUGUUAGGAAGAGAAAGAAGGCGGGCUCGGCUUCCUCUUCCCUGCUCAAGAAACUGAAUAUCUUCGGUUCGAAAUCUAGUGAAGUUCAAAUGCAGAAAAUAGGUUCUGAAACCACGGGAAGUUCUCAAAAUGAUCAGAGACCAGCUGCUUUGAAGGGAGUCAUUGCCUCCAUGGUCCAAAAAUCAGAAACACAUGAUGUCUAGUAAGUGGCGGGAUCCAAACAUGGUUUCAGAAAAAUAAACUUGAUAUUGAAUUUGAGGAAUUCCUUGACCUCAAACUGCGGAUUUUGCGUUCCAACUCUAUGUGAAUUUUUCACUGCACUCAGUUUUAGGCUUCUAAUAUGUAUAUAGUAAUAUAGACGAACAAACUUUCAUGUUAUUGUCAUAUCCAGGGAGCAUUCUUCGCCCAUAGGUAUAUAUUAAUUUUAUAACAAACUUCCAUUGUCAGUGUUUGGCUCAAAAA